AUUAAAAAAAAAAAAACAAAGGAAAAGCAGGAAGCCGAUUAUGGAGGGGGAUUUGAAGAAGAGGAGGAGGAGGGUGGCGGUGGUGCUGAUCGACGGGCUGGGCGACGUGUCGCUGCCGGGGCUGCGGCGGCGGACGGCGCUGCAGGCGGCGGUGGCGCCCCACCUGGACGCGGUGGCGUCGGGCGGCGUGAGCGGGCUGAUGGACCCCGUCGAGCCCGGGCUGGCCUGCGGGAGCGACACGGCGCACCUCUCCCUGCUCGGCUACGACCCCCGCCUCUACUACCGCGGCCGCGGCGCCUUCGAGUCCAUGGGCGCCGGCUUGCCCAUGUCCCCCGGCGACAUCGCUUUUAAGUCUAACUUUGCUACCUUGGACGAGAAUACUGGAAUUGUUGUGAGUAGGAGGGCUGAUCGACAUUUUGAGGAAGAGGGUCCGAUCCUAUGUGCAGCUUUGGAUGGAAUGAAGCUUCCUUCCUUUCCUGAAUAUGAAGUGAGAGUCAGGUAUGCUACUGAGCACAGAUGCGGGGUAGUUGUGAAAGGUCCGAAACUGAGUGGAAAUAUUUCUGGCACUGACCCAUUAAAGGACAAUCGUUUACUUCUUAAAGCAGAGGCAUUGGAUGACUCAGAGGAAGCAAAACUCACAGCUGUGGUGGUCAAUGAGCUUUCUGAAGAAAUAUCACGAAUUCUGGUGUCCCACCCUUUAAAUGCCAAGCGAGCAACAGAAGGGAAAAAUAUUGCAAAUGUUGUCCUCUUGCGAGGUUGUGGUAUAAGAAUUGAGGUUCCUUUGUUUGAAGAUAAGCAUGGUCUGACCCCAUGCAUGGUGGCGCCCACCAAAAUUAUAGCUGGGUUGGGCCUGUCUUUGGGUAUUGACAUCCUCGAAGCUCCUGGCGCAACUGGAGAUUAUCGAACGCUGCUAACCUCAAAAGCUACAGCAAUAGCCAAAGCACUUUCUGCUCCACUAGAGCCACCUCCACUAGUUCUCGUGCCAGGAGAGGAUGAACGUAAACCAGGACGAGAAAAUGGAUAUGAUUUUGGAUUCCUCCAUAUAAAGGCGAUAGAUGAUGCAGGCCAUGACAAGGCAAGCAUGCUGAAAAUCCGAGCUUUAGAAGCUGUAGAUCGAGCCGUCGCCCAGCUGGCGAGGCUCCUCUGGGAGGCAGAAACUUCCGGAAACUUUGAAUACUACCUCUGCGUCACCAGCGACCAUUCUACCCCGGUGGAGUACGGCGACCACAGCUUCGAGCCCGUCCCGUUUGCAAUAUGCAAACUAAAAGACUUUGUCGACGCAGUCGGGGAGGCUACUGUGAUCAAUACUCCCCUCGAUCCUUUCCCGCUCCCCUCCGUGAAGGCCGGUGAGGAUUUAAACGACGAGGUCGAUCUGUCUGAGAAAAAGCAGCUUCGGCAUAAAGCCUUUGGCGGCGAUUCGGUAUUCGAAUUUAACGAAAUCGCGGCUGCGAGGGGUUGUCUCGGGAGGUUUCCGGGAAGCGAGAUGAUGGGUGUGAUAAAGAAGUUUAUGAAGCUGAAGAAUGAGUGAGGGAGCGAUUUUACCGCAGUAGCGUAGUAAUAUUUAAUUUUAACUGUUGUGUUGCUCCGGGAAACUGUAUCAUCAGAUGUAAGCUGAGUGUAUGUUCCCGCGCGAAGGCGCGAAUAAGGCUUUAAAUUAAAUGAUUGAAACUGAAAUUUGGGUGCCUAAAUCCUUUUCUGUCA